GCCACUUGCAGGUUAUAGUAUGUACUACGCGGUAUGUAUUUAAUUCAGACUACAUAUAUGCAGGGAGUCUCUCCCUGGUCCGUUAACUUCACGACUAUAAAAUAAAACUUCGGGCUUUUUGGACCAACGCAACCAUGGCAAAGUCAAAGUCUCCGGUCUCUGCUUCGCGCAAGCAUCCGCUCCAGCGCUUCGAGUCGCCAUCCCGCGCGAUAUCAUUUUUCUUGCACGCUCUGGGUCUCUGCUCCUUCUCCGGAUCCUUCUGGUACAUGAUCAACUUCCCAACGCAGAUGAACCAGGCCUAUGGCUGGCACUACCAAUAUCUGACAAUUGUCGGCCUCCUCUUGUCAUCCAUCACCUUUGGUUUUGGUCUUCUGGCCGACGUCACUCUGUCGCACCGCCUCUUUUCCAUCAAGAACAGUCUGUCUCUGUGGUGCGCCCCGCUUGAGGUCCUGAUCACGAUUCUGUACUGGUCUAUCUCGGCCAUCGACAGAGAACUCAUAGUUCCCCCGGAGAUCAACCUGGACCCAUACGCGGAUAUCAGCUUCCAUUUCAUGCCCAGCUUGUUGUUGGUCUUGGAUCUCUUGCUUCUAAGCCCGCCCUACACCAUCAAGAAUCUCCCAGCAGCUGGUCUGAGCACUGUCCUGGCAUUCACUUACUGGGCAUGGAUCGAGCAUUGCUUCACUCACAACGGCUUCUACCCAUACCCCCUCUUUGACAUUUUGUCGACCACCCACAGAGCUCUCCUCUUUGCUAGUUCUGCAUUGCUGAUGACUGGGAGCACCAUCUUGCUGAAGUGGUUGUACGCAAAGGUCAAUGGGGUGGAAACUGGCAACAAGCGAACUACUCCUGCCAACAUCAAGGGGGAAUAAUUCACAUUUUUUUGCCCGUUCACAUGUGAUAGGCCGCUUCAUAUACUAUUAGGUUACCAUUUAACGAAGGCAGCAAUGAUCUGCUCCCAAACGAAGUUAUGGAGGAAUGACUUAGACGUAUCAUUUGCAAUUGGCUCCAAUUUAUCAGCACGAUUUGCAUAUGACGGAAACACCGCCAAACCAUUAA